AUGGAGCUACUCUCCAACAUGCUCUCACACAAGUUUGCCUCAGGAAAAAUCGGCUAUCACCCCCUUGGAAUCAACCCGGUUGUCUCUCAUCUGGCUUUUGCAGAUGACCUCAUGAUUUUCUUUGAUGGAAGUGCAACGUCUCUGCAAGAAAUAGCUUCACUCCUAGAGGAGUUCAAGCUUCUUUCCGGUCUUAGCAUGAAUCGUGACAAAUCAACCCUGUUUGUUGCUGGAGUCCCGGAGAAUCUCAGGGCACAAAUGCAGCAGCAAGGCUUCUCUAUAGGAUCUUUUCCAGUGAGAUACUUAGGGAUGCCUCUCCUCCACCGCAAGCCCAGGAAAAAUGACUACUCUCCUCUUCUCGAUAAUAUUCGCGCCCGUUUCAACUCUUGGGCCUCCAAAGCCCUCUCCUUUGCUGGUAGACUUCAACUGAUAACUGUGGGUUGUUUGAGAGCUAUUGAAUCGAUGUGCAAUGCCUAUCUUUGGUCUGGGGAUGUUCAGAAGCGGACCUCAGCUAAAGUUGCUUGGAAAACGGCUCAUAUGGUUAAGAGUAGUAACUAUUGGACCAAAGAGAUUGGUCAAGGUGCUUCUUGGAUGUGGAAAAAUCUUAUUUCCUUGAAACCCCAGGUAAAAGCUCUUCUUGGUUGCAAAGUGCGGGAUGAGAAUACAGUAAGCUACUGGUUUGAUAACUGGAGUCAACUAGGCCCUUUGAUUGACUUUGUUGGCGAAGAUGGCCCGAGACUAAUGGGUAUCCCUAGGGAUGCUAAUGUAGCUCAAGGUACUGGUUCUUUAGGUUGGAGACUUCCAUCUGCAAGGACCAGACAACAUCUGCUCCAAACAGUCAGAGCUGUUCUUGCUUCGAUGGAACCUCCUUCUUCUGCGUCAGGCCAGGACUUAUACUCUUGGGACCAGUGGGAAACAGAAAGGAUUCUUUCAACACAAAGAUUACAUGGGAAGCUCUGCAUCCCUCGGCUCCUACCAAAGCCUGGUAUAAAGCGGUUUAGUUUAAGAGUGGAAUACCAAAACACAACUUCACAUUUUGGGUUGCUAACCUGA